GGUAUGUAGCACAGUUCUGUUUUCGGCUCCCAGUUCAUUGUAACUCCUCUGCCAGACAGCACUCAGCCGUCAACACUCAGAGACAGCAUCCACUCUCGCGCUGACUACACCUCUUCAUCUGCACAGCCGCACUUCUCACACGAGCCAAGACAAAGACCAGAAGAAAAUAGUCCUGAUUUGUGCAUGCAUACACCAGCUCUGAAGAAGCUGGGUCGAGGCUGGAGAGGGUGACUGGAGAAUGGAAUGGGACCUCAGAAGGAUGGAAAGUGAACUGAGGCACAUCAACCCAGAUCUUUUGCAGCCCAGCAAGAGCUUCAAGAAGCCUUCAUCCGGAACCAUCACUCUGAAUGUUGGAGGGUUCCUGUACACUGCCCAUCGGGCCACCCUUGCCAAGUACCAGGGUUCGUUUCUUGAAGAACUGGCCAAUGGCAAGAAGCCAGUCCAGCACACCGACUCCAUGGGCAACCCGUUCAUCGACAGAGACGGUCCCGUUUUCCGUCAUGUACUCAACUUUCUCCGCACGGGCGAGCUCCAGCUGCCCGAUGACUUUCGGGAGGCAGGGCUACUCAGACGAGAAGGUGAUUUUUACCGCCUGUGUGAACUGGUGGAAGCAGUGGUGGAGUGGGAAAGCCAGCGGGCAGCCCAGCGAGAGCCAGCAUUCUUGGAAGUGACGGACAGCCACGAAAGAUCGCAGGGCCUCAAGGUGUACUGCAGCGAUGCCGCCUUCAUCGAAAGAGUCAAGGCACGGCUGGUGCAGAUUUCCAAAAGUCGCCUGGAUGGUUUUCCCGAAGAAUUUGUAGUGUCAUCCAAUGUUAUCCAAUUCCGGCAUUUUAUCAAAUCGGAGCCUGGCUCCAGGCUGGUGCUGAAGGAGGAUAGCACAUUCUUGUGCACUCUUGACUGUCUGAAACUAGAGGCAGUAAUGCUGGCGCUGAAAUCGGGCUUCAAGCUGAUUACCAGCCUUGACAGCAGCAAAGGCUCUGUGGUCACAGCUGAGGCGCUGCAUUUCGUAAAGUAGAGAGGUGAUGCAGAGCAGGAGAACAGCAGUGCCUAAUUCCAUAAUGACCCCGCCUGCAUUGAAUCUUGGCUUGAAGUGUUGUAACUUGUGCUGCGCUGUAAUGUGCCACUGUGGGGAGAAGCCGACGCACAGGUGGGUUUCCACUACAAGGUUAUAGUUUGCUCCACGUUUUGUUUGGCAGAGAAUUUGAUGCAUUCAUGAGUUACUUUAGUUGGGGACAAAACCUACACCGUGUGUUGGAUUCAUCCCCCCGCCCCCCCAACAAUUGCUUCUGCUGCUUUGUCAAUGACGGGAAGUCUUCAAAGUUAUUUGUGAUGUGCACUAAUGUGAAAUUGAGCUUAUACAGCAGUCUGUGUUUGCGUGUGUACGGUGCAAUGUGGAUUGUGUUUUAGCAGGAUGACUAGCUCGUGUAUUCCAGCCUCUCUAUGACCAGACAAAUCACAAACCCGGACAGACAAAAGCAUAGACUGUCUACAAUCACCGAGUUGAGUGCAAUCAUCCGUGGAUGUAAGGGCUUUGAAUCCGGCAUGAUACUUGUACACCAAAUGCUUUUGUUGGUGCUGUGAGAUUCUGUGACGUCAGUGCCACAAAAUUUACUUUUCA